CUGCGGCGGCGGGCGCGGCAACGUCUCCCGGAAGUGGAGCCCGGGACUUCCACUCGUGCGUGAGGCGAGCGGAGCCGGAGACAAGACCAGAGGCCGAACUCGGGUUCUGACAAGAUGGCUGGGCUGCCCCGCAGGAUUAUCAAGGAAACCCAGCGUUUGCUGGCAGAACCCGUUCCUGGUAUUAAAGCAGAACCAGAUGAAAGCAACGCCCGUUAUUUUCAUGUGGUCAUUGCUGGCCCCCAGGAUUCCCCCUUUGAGGGAGGGACUUUUAAACUUGAACUAUUCCUUCCAGAAGAAUACCCAAUGGCAGCCCCUAAAGUACGUUUCAUGACCAAAAUAUAUCACCCUAAUGUAGACAAGUUGGGAAGAAUAUGUUUAGAUAUUUUGAAAGAUAAGUGGUCCCCAGCACUGCAGAUCCGCACAGUUCUGCUAUCGAUCCAGGCUUUGUUAAGUGCUCCCAAUCCAGAUGAUCCAUUAGCAAAUGAUGUAGCGGAGCAGUGGAAGACCAACGAAGCCCAAGCCAUAGAAACAGCUAGAGCAUGGACUAGGCUAUAUGCCAUGAAUAAUAUUUAAAUCGAUCUGAUCAUCAAGUGUACCACUUCUCCUGUUCUGCCAAGACUUCUUCCUUUUUUGUUUGCAUUUAAUGGACACAGUCUUAGAAACAUUACAGAAUAAAAGCCCAGACAUCUUCAGUCCUUUGGUGAUUAAAUGCACAUUAGCAAAUCUAUGUCUUGUCCUGAUUCACUGUUGUAAAGCAUGAGCAGAGGCUAGAAGUAUCAUCUGGAUUGUUGCGAAACGUUUAAAAGCAGUGGCCCCUCUCCUGCUUUUAUUCAUUUUCCCCAUCAUGGUUUAAGUAUAAAGCACUGUGAAUGAAGGUAGUUGUCAGGGUUAGCUGCAGGGGUGUGGGUGCUUUUCUUUAUUUUAUUUUUAUUUUUGAGGAGGGAGGUAGUUUAAUUUUAAUUUUAUGAGCUUCUCCCCCCCCCUUUUAUGGUGAUCUAAUUAAAUGCAUUGGUUAAAAGCAGCUAACCAGUUCUUUAGAAUAUACCCUCUAGCCAAGUCUAACUUUAUUUAGACACUGUAGAUGGACAAGCUUGAUUGUUUGAAUGAAAAUGGGAACAUUAAACAAACAUCACAGCCCUCACUAAUAACAUUGUGACUUUGCUGUCAAGUGUAGAAUCCUCCCUUCAAAAAAGAAGCUUGUGACCAUUUUGUAUGGCUUGUCUGGAAACUUCUGUAAAUCUUAUGUUUUAGUAAAAUAUUUUUUGUUAUUCUACUUUGCUGUUGUACAGUUUAUUUUACUGUGUUUAUUUUCGUUUUCCCAAUGUGACAAUCGUAUUUAAAAAUUAAAACUCUGAUGGAACAUUCUGUUUUGGUCUUCACCAUCUGACAAAUUAAAUGGCAAGAGGUUGAUUUUGCCAGUUCCUUUCCCCUGACGCAAAUUUGUGUUAAGCUGUUACUGAAUGGAGUAUUUAUCAACUUGGCCUGAGCAUGCAUACAGCAUCAGUAUCUCCAUUUCUUUCCUCCUAGAAAUUUAAAGUAAAUGUACUUACCUUUAUGAUUAUAGUUAGAUCAUUGGUGUCUUGCCACAAUGUUUGAAAAUUACUUUACAGGAGAGUCACAGCAAAGAAGCAGUUGUGAUCAAUAUGUAGGACUUUCACAUGUUGGCCAUACUCAUUUAAUUGGGUUAUGACCUUUUUCUUAAUUCUUGGUUGAAAACUUCAUAUGUGACCACUGGCGUGUGUUAUUAAAGAAACAAUGAUGUGAUAAUCAUUUGAGGUUUGCUGAAGCAUUUGUUAGUCUUGCUUAUAUAAAGACCUGAUGAGCAAAUCUCAAGCAGUUUGCUAAGUGUCAUUAGAAAAGGUUUCUUUUAAUCUUUGAGAACAUCAAUCCUCAGCUAAUGAUUCUUGCUUUCAUCCUUACAGUAUUUGCCAUGGGAGCUCUUUUAUUCUUUUAAUUUGCUAUUCAGUAAUUUUUUUCUUCAUUGACAGUUUCUCUCUACCCCCUGCAACCGUACUUUCUCAACCCCCUACAUCUGAUUUCUGAUUCUUGUUAUUUUUAAGUCAUAAUGUAGCCAGUCAUAAGUAUGUAAAUGUUAACUUGCAGGUUGGAACCUUUGUCUCUUGCAAUUUAAGGUAAUUGAUAUUGUAGCCAAUUUGAAUUUACCCCACUCUUACUCUCGUAACUUCUGGAGUUUCUUCAGAAUGUGGUGUAUUUUAUUGUGCUCCUAUGUAAGAUGAAGAAUUAUCUAUUAAAAUUACAUUUUCAACAUUUGAAA